UUAGCAAUGCCAGGCUAGAAGGAUUUGACCAAUUCAAGUGGCUUUUGCAUCCAUGCGGUGAAGAAGAAAAUCCCCUGUGAUCCUUCACAAAAAGCUCUAAUUUUUUAGGUAAAAAUCUUAGCACAAGCUUUUUAUGGCAAUUGAUCCCAUCACAGGCUUCAUGCUUCCAGUGUCACUCCUUUUGAGAUUUCUUCACUAACAAUUUCGAAUCCAAUAAUUCAUCUGAGGAUGGAAUCCAAAUCGAAAAGGAUAACCGAUUUAGAGAAUGGUGAUGAGGGAGAAGACUUAGUUCUAGCUACUUUGGUUGCAAAUGGAGAUGACAUUAGCCCUCUUGUGAGGCAUGCUUUUGAAAUGGGGCGCCCCGAGGGUUUGCUCCGCCAGCUGAAUUAUGUGGUCAAGAAAAAAGAAGCCGAAAUCGAAGAGAUGUGCAAGACACAUUAUGAGGAAUUCAUCCUCGCGGUCGACGAGCUUCGCGGCGUCUUAGUUGAUGCUGAAGAGCUCAAGAGUGAGCUCCAGAGUGAUAAUUUUAAGCUGCAGCAGGUUGGGAGCACCCUCCUUGUCACGCUUGAGGAGCUUCUUGAGUCUUAUUCUGUCAAGAAGAAUGUGACUGAAGCGAUUAAAAUGUCAAAGAAUUGUAUACAGGUGUUGGAGCUUUGUGUCAAGUGCAACAAUCACAUUUCCGAAGCUCAGUUCUACCCUGCGCUGAAAACGUUGGAUUUAAUUGAGAAGAGUUAUAUGCAGAACAUUCCUGCCAGAGCUCUCAAAAUUGUGAUAGAGAAGAGAAUUCCUUUCAUAAAAAUGCACAUUGAGAAGAAAGUUUGUAGUCAGGUUAAUGAAUGGAUGGUCCACAUUCGGAGUUCUUGUAAAAAAAUUGGGCAGACAGCAAUUAGUCGUACUGCAUCGGUUCGCCAGAGGGAUGAGGAAAUUCUAGAAAGGCAAAGAAAGGCUGAAGAUCUAACUACUUCAGGAGCGGAGGAUCAAGCUUAUAGUUUGGAUGUUGAGGAAGGGGAUGAAGAUUCCGCUAUGAAGUUUGAUCUCACGCCUCUUUAUCGUGCUUGUCAUAUCCAUCGCUGUAUGGGGAUCCUAGAGCAGUUUCAUGACUAUUAUUAUAAGAAUAGAUUGCUACAAUUGAAUUCAGACUUGGAGAUUUCUUCAGCACAGCCUUUUGUCGACUCGUAUCAGACAUUUUUGUCUCAAAUUGCUGGGUAUUUCAUAGUGGAGGAUAGAGUUUUGAGCACUGCUGGGGGACUUUUGGUACCAGAUCAGGUUGAAACUAUGUGGGAAACUGCUUUAGCUAAGAUGACAUCAAUGUUGGAUAUGCAAUUCUCACAUAUGAACUCUGCCAAUCACCUUCUACUGGUUAAGGAUUAUGUGACACUUGUUGGAUCUACUCUAAGGCAAUAUGGAUAUGAUAUAGGUCCACUUCUUGAUGUUCUUGACAAUUGUCGCGACAAAUACCAUCUACUUCUUUUGGAAGAAUGUAGGCAACAAACUGUUGAUGUUAUUUGCAAUGACUCUUAUGAGCAGAUGGUGAUAAAAAAGGACAGUGAUUAUGAAAACAAUGUUCUUGCAUUUAACCUUCAAACUUCAGAUAUUAUGCCUGCUUUUCCUUAUGUAGCACCAUUCUCCUCCAUGGUCCCUGAUGCUUGUCACAUUGUGAGAUCCUUCAUCAAAGCCUCUGUUGAUUACUUGUGCCACGGUGUGCGAUCCAGUUUCUUUGAGAUUGUGAGGAAGUAUUUGGACAAGUUCCUGAUCGAAGUAUUGAAUGAAACAUUACUUGAUACAAUCAACAGCGGGAGUAUCACCGUUUCUCAAGCCAUGCAGAUUGCUGCAAACAUAGCUGUUCUUGAAAGAGCUUGUGAUUUUUUCCUUCGACACGCAGCUCAACAAUGUGGUGUACCAAGCCGAUCAGUUGAGAGGCCUGCAGCCGCGUUAUCUGCAAAGGUUUUACUCAAUACUUCAAGGGAUGCGGCUUAUAUUACACUGCUGGGUUUGGUAAACACAAAGUUAGAUGAGUACAUGAAUCUUACGGAAUGUGUUAAUUGGACUACGGAGGAGGCAAAGACGAAUGGGAACGACUACAUGAAUGAAGUGGUGUUUUAUCUUGAUUCCCUUAUGUCAACAGCACAACAAAUUUUACCCUUAGAUGCCAUGUACAAAGUCGGGACAGGCGCGCUUGAGCACAUUUCCAAUGUAAUUGUGGCUGCUUUCCUUAGUGAUAAUAUCAAAAGGUUCAAUGCAAAUGCAGUUAUGAACAUGAACAAUGAUGUUAAGAUGUUGGAAAAUUUCGCGGAUGACAAGUUCUAUUCUUCUGGCUUGGGUGAAAUUUACGAGGGUAGCUUCAAGAGCUGUUUGAUUGAAGCGCGGCAAUUGCUUAAUCUUUUGUCAAGCAGUCAACCUGAGAACUUCAUGAAUCCUGUUAUAAGGGAGAAAAAUUACUACUCUUUGGAUUACAAGAAGGUGGCUAGCAUUUGUGAUAAAUUCAAGGAUUCUCCAGAUGGGAUCUUUGGAAGCCUUUCAAAUAAAAAUACAAAGCAAAGUGCUAAAAAGAAAUCAAUGGACAUGCUCAAAAAGAGACUUAAGGAUUUUAAUUGAUGAGGCUUAGGGAAAUGUUCUUUCAUUUUCAUUGUAGUGUUUCCUCUGAUAUGGAUGUUAAACUUCAGAAUGAAUAGUGUUCUUUGAAGGUUUAUUAUCAUCUGUGUAUGAUUUCGCUGUCACUACACCAUUCAGCUGCUGGAAUAAUAUAUGUUUCAUAGUAUC